AACAGAGGAAUAACAAUCAACGAAAAUGCCUCUUAGCAUAGGCUAAUCCAUGUGAAUAUUUAGAAGGGUAGAUAAUUCAGCUAAACGUUACGUAGAUGCACAGUUAAAACGGGAGUUCUUCGGACUAAUCCAAAAGAAAAGAGCCAAUAUUAAACAACACGAAGGAAAGUGAACACAAUAUUAGCGAACUAGCCUCUGUUGUUCAAUCGAACCAAAACUAAGACCUGGACUAUUUCAAGAAUUAUAUAUAUAUUUAUAAUUUUUUUUAGUUUUUGCGCAACGGACCUUGUGCUUUUAUUUCAAACUUGUGCACUGAUAAUACACAGAACAACGUUAUAAAUCGAGGUCUGUCCUUUAGCUGUAAGUGUUUUAUCACCAAAAUGCAGCUCUCCUCAUUUUAUGGCAAUCUGGAUUGAAAGCAGAUUUAAUAGUCUAAAAAGCUAUACUAAUACUAUAAACACACCGUAUACAUAAAUUAGUUUUAAUUGUUCAGACUAACCAUCUCUGGAGCGCCAAGAUGGAUCUCAUAAAUGUAUAAAAAUCCCAUAUCUAGCAAAGGUUUGACAUGUUAGCAAACAAGAUCCUAAAACCCGCGAGUCAUGUCAGCUUGCACUCUUUGUUUGUGGCGUUGGGUCAAGCCUGGUUAAUUGUAUUCACAGAGAUCUUCUGCAUUGGGAGUCUCUCUCAGACUGAUUUUAGCUGAUCAACCUGCACAUCUCGUCCUGUCCUUCACUGAAGUUGCUGAGAUGAACCCAGUAAACGCCACCGCGCUCUAUGUGUCGGCGUGCCGCUCUCUUCUUCAGUGCGAUCCGCAAGAUCCGGAGACAUACGGAGGAUUGUUUAACGUCCUGCCUUCAUUUAGAGACUCUCUAUCCUGUCUUGCAUGUGGGAAUUUGCUUCAGGAUCCAAUUGCUCCCAAAAAUUCUUCCUGCCAGCACUACGUUUGCAAGGGCUGCAAAGGCAAAAAGAUGUUCUUCAAGCCGUCGUGCAGUUGGUGUAAAGACUAUGAUCAGUUUGAAGAGAAUAAGCAGCUUCAGAUUUUAAUUGACUGCUACAAAAGUUUCUGUGAGUGUGUCUCAGUGUGCAUCACAACAGAGCAGAGUGUCUUGGGGGUCAAAGGUUAUCCUGAGGUAAAGAAGAUGCUGGAAGAGUUUUGGGGGGUUAAAGAAGAACAAGAACAGUUAAGCAUUAUGGUAGAGCUCAAGCCUGACAAGGACAAUUUGGAUGUGCCUAUUAUUAAAACGGAGAUGGACUCCUCACAAAUUUCUUCAGAUAUAAAUCUGCCUGCCUCUGCCAGUGAUUCAGAAGACACACUUGUGCCACCCUUUGAGCUCAAGACACCCAAGCCAGACCCAGUCCUUGUUAGUGAACCUUUGAAUGGAAAAGAAUUAAUAAAUACACACACUGUCACUGUUAGCUUGAUAAACUGCAAUGCUAGUCAGGUGAGUGGCACUGAGCAACUCCCACAAAGUGUUGUAGAGAAGCUUGAAUCUGACUUUGUAAACAAGGACCACCCCAUUGCCCAACAGCACAAGCAUGCAGUGUCAUGUGGACAGCAUAAAGUGGCAGCAGAGCCAUGUCAGCGAUCACCACAAUACUUGACCAGCGAUGCCCUUGCUCCCGGCCACCCACUGCAACCUCAGACGGGCAUGAUGUGCCUGGCCGCAGCUCACAGAAAAGUGAGACUGAGCCGAAAGCGCUCUCGCUCGGAAAGUGACAGCGAGAUGCUGCGACCUCUGCCCAUCACCAGCCUUAUCCAGGGACCCUCGGUAGCUGCCACAGCACCAUUGAAGGCUGCGUUUGAACCUAAAGCCCUUACCCUACCCACUGUCAUGGUCCGUAACAUAGGUGUGCUUAAGGUCAACAAGACUGUGCUUGAUUCAACUAAGAACAUACAGAUAAACACAGACCUAGGUAAUAAGAAGGUUCAGACUAAGACAAAAGUGAGCAUCCCCAAGGCAAAGGCCAAAACAAAGGACAGGGUGCUUUCUGCUACUAUGUUGCCGGGACAGCCAUCCAAAGUUGUGUACAAAAAGACACAAGAGAAGAAAGGCUGUAAGUGCGGAAGAGCAACCCAGAAUCCAAGUGUUCUUACAUGCAGAGGUCAAAGAUGUCCCUGCUACUCAAACCGGAAGGCCUGUUUGGACUGCAUCUGUAGAGGCUGCCAGAAUUCCUACAUGGCAAAUGGCGAGAAGAAGCUGGAGGCUUUUGCCGUGCCCGAAAAAGCCCUGGAGCAAACGAGGCUCACUCUGGGCAUCAACCUCACCAGUAUUUCAGUUAGAAAUGCUGGCUCAAGUGCAGGAGUCCUAAGCUUGUCUGCAGGCUCCUCUAUGGCUUCUUUUCUCACUUCCAGUACUGAUGAGGACCAGAAUUUUGAAGACACUCUUGAAAUGCAUUUUGACUGUUGAUUGAUGUCCCUCUACUGAUAGAUCUUUAAUGAACAGGCUGCAACGUAAAGGCAGCCAUGGUCGUUUCAUCGUUCAGUCCAACAGAAAUUGUUUGCCAAAACUCUUGUCUAUAAUUUUCUUGUUCAACUUUUACAUCUGCUGUAAUGAAAUGUUACUGUGAAGCUGAGUGUAAUGGCUUUUUGUUUUAUUUUGAAGGGACUGCAUGCUUCUCUGUGUGGCUGUUAUAUUCACACAGGACUAAAGAUCUAAUGACAUAAGUAACAUUAUCACCUGUAAUUUUAUAAUGUUGGAUAACUCAAAUGAUAAAGUUUUACAAGUAUUUCUUUGGUCAAUUCCACAAUGCUGUCUUUGUCAGCUAACAUGUGUAGCUCAUCGCAAACUUUCCCAAAGCUGUUAAAUAAUUAACAUGCUUAAAUUUGUUGUUUGCAUUCUGAUAUUUUGUCAUAGUAAUUCAGACAUGUAUAGCGUCAAAACAUUAAUUGAAGGUAAAAUUAUUCACAGCUAUUAUAUUAUCAAUAAUGUCUGCUUAAGACAAAUAAAUUCACAUAAUUGUGGAAAAUGUAGCACUUAGUCCCACUAGAGCUGGCUGGUUUAGAGACAUGUAGACCUGUACUGGUUGCAAAGUGAUCACUUCCUGACUCUCAGUUGUACGACUGGAAUCUGUGUAUUUCACUAAGUAUAUACUUCUGCUCAAUAGAUGGAUCAUUAUUUGCAGAACUGAAAUAGUGAAUACAGCCCCUACUAUACAAAUAGUGCUGUCAUUUUUUUAAUAGAAAUGUUGUAGGUUUGAAACAAUGACAUUGAUGCCCAGAUGAGUGUUUAAAUUCCACAUUUGUCAGCAAAAGUGGUUUCGUAGGGAUGUUGAAGCACAGAUAUGUCAAAAUAGCUAUGUUUCUCCAUCCUUAACAUAAUUGUAUUUUUUAUUUUUGAGAUUUGUGUGUCUAGCCAGCUGAUUCAUUGUGGUUAGUUUUGACAGAGCUGGCUUAAACUGAAAUCUCAACAGAACAAUACAAAAAACAAGUGAAUGUAAGAGAGUUCAGUGUGUUGUCUGUGAAUGCAUUCAUGGCAGUGGUAUUUUUUUUAAAGCAAUAUGAGAAUAAAAAGUAUCAAUGAUAGAUAACCACCAACCCCUUUUCCCACUAAAAAGGCAUCAUUGCAUUUAUUUAGGUGCACAAGUAUUUCAAGAUGGUUUUUGUUCAAACAUUUGCCUGAGCACCUUUUGAGCACCUAUGAAUGCCUCAGUAUAGUUGUGUUGUCUUGCAGUUGUGUUGUGACCAAAACUAGAAAUAUGUGUUUAUAAAGGUCAGUGAACAAGUCUUUACAGUUACGCUGUGCCGUUUCACGUUUUAUAUAUUGAAUCAGGGUAGACAGUAUCCUUACAUAUGCUUGAAAAAAACUAUUAGUAGGGCUUUGACCAAAUAUUGAAUAUCUUUGUUAAGUCUUAGAUCUUAGUGGGAUAUUGUGUUGUAUUUUCAAAUCCUUAUGUUUGAUAGAGUUGUUUCUGUUUCCACCCUUUGCUUUUCAAUGGUCAUUACUUGAACUCAGAUUUCAGUUUGUUGAUUUUGAAUUACUGGAGAACCUCUUAUUAUUGCUGAUUUAUUCACUGCCACAUUGAAAUAAUGGAAAUUGCAACAAAAAUA